GAACGAGAGGCGCCCCUAAGGCGUCCCCGACCCCCGUGGGUCUGCAGCCCUCGCGGUGCGGGAGGCUCCCGGGCGCGGCGGCUUCGCGGGAUUGCCGGGGCUGCCUCUCGCUACUGCGCUGCAUCAAGAUCUCCGGCGGCUCCGCCGCGCAGGGCUGGCGUGGGGCUGCGCGGGUGCGCGCCCUGGGUGCGCGCCUGUGUGUGCGUGCACCUAGAGCAGAUCAUUGGAGAGGGUUUCCAGAAGGUGGAAAAUGUCACCUGAUUCACACUGAACUUUUUAAAUCUCCCCACCCCCGAGCAGACACACACACACAUUAGGAGACCGCCCACCGCAGACAGCUAGGACCCCCGUAUAGAUUUAAAGAGAGACUGCAUUCAGAGCCUGACGUUCAUUCAAUAGAGCGAUCAUAAGCAGGCUGGCUAGUGCUCGCUCCCUCUCCCUACUCCCCGUCACGCUGUUUGUGUGUGUCUCUCACUCUGCUGUACUGAGGAUGUUAAAUCAGAGAAUCCACCCGGGCAUGCUCUUACUCCUGAUGUUUCUGUGCUACUUCAUGGAAGAUCACACAGUACAGGCUGGGAACUGCUGGCUCCGGCAGGCGCGGAACGGCCGCUGCCAGGUCCUGUACAAAACCGACCUCAGCAAGGAGGAGUGCUGCAAAACCGGCCGCCUGACCACUUCGUGGACGGAAGAGGAUGUCAACGACAACACGCUUUUCAAGUGGAUGAUUUUUAAUGGGGGAGCCCCAAACUGCAUCCCGUGCAAAGAAACAUGUGAGAAUGUGGACUGUGGACCCGGGAAGAAAUGUAAAAUGAACAAGAAGAACAAACCUCGGUGUGUUUGUGCUCCGGAUUGCUCUAAUAUCACUUGGAAGGGCCCUGUGUGUGGCUUAGAUGGGAAAACCUACAGGAACGAGUGUGCCCUUCUCAAAGCCAGAUGUAAAGAACAGCCUGAACUUGAAGUCCAGUAUCAGGGCAAAUGCAAAAAGACCUGUAGGGAUGUUUUAUGCCCAGGCAGCUCCACAUGUGUGGUUGAUCAAACUAAUAAUGCCUACUGCGUGACAUGUAAUCGAAUUUGCCCAGAGCCUACCUCCCCUGAACAGUAUCUGUGUGGGAAUGAUGGCAUAACUUAUGCCAGUGCCUGCCACCUGAGGAAAGCUACCUGCCUACUGGGAAGAUCCAUUGGAUUAGCCUAUGAAGGAAAAUGCAUCAAAGCCAAAUCCUGUGAAGACAUUCAGUGCAGUGCUGGGAAGAAGUGCUUGUGGGAUUUUAAGGUUGGCAGAGGUCGUUGUGCCCUCUGUGAUGAGCAGUGCCCUGAAAGCAAGUCAGACGAGGCAGUCUGUGCCAGCGAUAACACAACUUACCCAAGCGAGUGUGCCAUGAAAGAGGCAGCCUGCUCCAUGGGCGUGCUUCUAGAAGUAAAGCACUCUGGAUCUUGCAACUCCAUUAAUGAAGACCCAGAAGAUGAAGAGGAAGAUGAAGACCAGGACUACAGCUUUCCUAUAUCUUCCAUUCUAGAGUGGUAAAACCUCCAUCACUAUUGGAACAGCCAAUGGGCAUGAAAUCAAUGUCCAUACUGUAAAUAAGUGUAUGCUUAUUUAUUUUGGGGAGAAAAAAAAAAAAAAGUAUACAUAUAGUUGAGUCUCGUAGACAUUUAUUUAUACUGUGUCAUGUUUUAUAAUUUAUACAUAAAAUGUCUGGUUGACUGUACACCUUUUUUUUUUUUUUUAAGAAAUUUAUUCGUUACGGGAAGAGCAGUGUUAUUUAUUGUGAGGUCUCUUGCUUGUAAAGUAAAGCUUUUCUUUUUUUCUUGUAAACUAUAGAAGUUCAUUCCUUGGAGCUUACCCACAUGAACUCAUCUCUUUGUUACACUGAUGUUAACUCCUUUCCACUUUAACAAACUUGCAUGUCAGUUUCUGUUAUGUUUAUUUAUUGGAUUCUCUUCUUGCUGGUUCUGUACAUAAAAGAUCCCUCUGGCUUUUGUUUACAAGGAAUCUUGACUGACCAAAAGGCAUUGUAACUCAAUUAAAUGUAUUUCCAAGGUACAGUGAGGCAAUCUUUAAGGAAACUUCUUCCACUUUCCUCUACCAUGUACUGAAGUGAUCUCAAUGUUCUGAGCAUAUAUACUAUACUAUAAGAAUUUUGGACCCAAAGAAAUAGAAUUAUUAAGGUUGUUAAUAGCCACAGCGUUAACUGUAAUAAGAAUAAAGGUUUUAUUUUUAUUGCUUUAUUUUUUGUAACAUGCAUAAAUGUUUUACCAAGUGUUUCCUUUAAGAUGGUCUUGCAGUACCACUUUCAAAGCUUUCAUUUCCCAAUCAUUGUGUCAUUAAAAGUUAUAUCAAAGCUUUACCUGUUCAAGUUUCUUGCUUUUCAUAACACUUUUUUCUGACGCAACUUUUGUAUUUUCAAACAUGGUGAGUUAAAUAUAAAUUCAUUUAAAUAUAUAGUUUUGUA